AUGUUAAAUAUUAUUGCAAUAUGUUUACUUGUCUCAGCUAGUAUAUGUCUUGUUUUGGUAAUUAGUAUUACAAUGUAUAUACUUCAUGUUAUUAAACAUCGUUCAACGAAUGUUGGUUUUGCUAUUAAUAUAGCACAAAAUAUUCUUAAACGUAGAUUACUUGUUCCAUUAAUAAUUUUACUUCGUGUUCAUUUACCUUUUCCAAUAAUGCUUAUUGUAACUAUUUUAAGACGAAAAUUGACAAAGAAAUCAUCACCACAAACAAAAAUAGAAAAAGAACAAGAAAAAGAAAAAAAACAAAAUAUUGAAAAUUUAAACUAA